UGGAAGCCACGCCACGGAGCACGCCUACCUGAGGUGCGUCGCGGGUCGCUUGCUCGACGAACUCGCGCCGGGACGUCCGUGCCUCGAUGUAGAGGUCAGCACCGUGUUCGCGCGAGAGCUGCUCGCGACGAACGUGCUUCGCGCAGUCGUUGACCUUCUUGAGGAUCCCGACUUUCUCUGCGAGGCGAUCAGCCUCAUAGUCUCCGACACCGAGGAGGAGGCCGGUGAGGAGGCAGCACCGCCCCAUGCCCCGUGCGGGCGUGACCCUCCCACGAUCACGGAAAGCGACGCGCGAGAGCCGUCGGAUGUUCCCGCGUUUAUGUCGCGUCGCAGCUCGCCAGGGGGCGCCGGGGAGGGCGUUGCGGGAACAGAAGAACGUUUACUGACGUGUACGAGGAACGCACAAAUACAAACAUUACAAGACAACGAUGUGGUGACGGGGGUCGAGGCUCGCGAGGUGGAGAAGAGCGAUGGCGCCCCCUGCUCCUACGUCGUUGGUGAUGACGGCGGCGGCGGCGGCGGCGGCGGCGGCGGCGGCGGCGGUGUUGCCAGAGCAACCGGCGACACCGACGUAAUUUUGUCACAACCAUCGCACCUCGCUCCCGACAACGGCAACAGUGCAACAGAGCGGUACGGCGAAAGCGGAAACUUGUCUCGGGGCGUGGCGCCAUCUAGCAGCCGCGGCAUCGUCGACCCACCCGGCGGCAAUGCGUCUGAGGGCGGAAGGCGGCGUGGGGCAACGGCAGACCACCCAGUGCGUGCCGCAGCCUAUCUCGCUCCACACCCGGCCGGCUUCCAUAUACAUACUGUCAAGAUGAGCAGCCGUGUGAAGAGCCAUGCACUACCAUCGCAAGGUCACGGACAUCCCGCCGCCGCUGCGAACCGAAAGGUGGUGGCGCCACCGACGCCGCGCGACCGAGAUUCAGUCGAGACGGGAUUGGACAUCGCAGCGAUGCUCUUCUCAUCCGCCGAAGUGAAAGUGAUUCCGGCGCCCCCUGGCGGACGGCACGAUGGGAGGCCCGGCGUUGCAGGGUUGAGUAGGAGUCUGUCGCCACAGCGACUGAGCGAUGCGGCGGCACGGGAGAGGCAUAGGUCCACGGCUUCGGUGCUCGCCGCUGCGGGGGGAGCGAUUAGUAGAGCAGGCGAGCAAGCCGUGUCGACGUCACCCCCGCAUCUCUCAUCUCUGUCGCCCGACCAGCAGCAUGGUGCAUUCAUGCAGUGUUCCGAUCGAGGCACGUCGAAGGAGUCGACCGUCGCCGGCAGCGACUACGGUCGCCGUGACAACGUCACAGGCAACAACGACGACGAGGCACCGUUUGUCGCGGCACGUCGCAGCAUGAGCUUUCCCACGAUGGACACGCUGAUGUCUGCGGUGACAGCGGGGGCGCCACCGCGGCGCGACGCUGCGGGUAGGCCGGUUUCUUGCAUUUCGCCAGGGGAAGACUACUGGUUCAAGAACGUGAGAAUCGACGAGACGGAGACGGUGGGGGAAGCCGUAUCGUACCAGCUGCAGAAGCCGUACGUUGUCUACUGCAUCAAGUAUGACUUGUGCAUACCUAGUCCUACAGCUGUUGGGGGUAGUGAAGUGUGCUACAGGGCCGCUGUGCGACGGAGAUUCCGAGAGUUUGUAAAUCUGCAGUCGAGACUCGACAAGCAUCCCGAGUAUCGGAAAUACGUGAAAGGACUUCGUGGACCUAAAAGAUGGGUGAAUAUACCGUUCUCAAAUCUAGGCUGGGAGUCGGUCGAACUACGGAGAUACUACCUGGAAGAAUAUCUAAAGGAGCUGUGUGUGAGGCCAGUCAUCUGUAUAAGCUCUGAGCUGAGAGAGUUCCUGGCAUGCGGCACGGACGCAAGCCUAGCCUACGUCAACGACGUCCCCGAAUAUGUGCCCAGGAUUGACAAAAUGCUGGUGCGUACAAUGACAGAUAUGAUAGACGUUCUGAGAGAAGCACUGCCGGAUCUCCCCGGUCAGGACAGUGGCGCCACCACGCAGGUUGGUCGCAGUGACAAGACGAGUGCCGCAUCUCAGUACGAUCCUCAUACUCUCAAGCUGCAGUACCACGUCGCCACGGAAACCACAGACGGCAACAGCAGCAAGGAUGUGAUGCAGUACAAGCUACGCGGCAGCAUGAUAGAUUUCCUGUGCGCUAACAUUCGGUCAUGUUCCGAUGAUGAGAACUUCACAGUUGCGACUCUUGACAUGAACGAACACCGACAACGAUAUGCCGUCAAAGGGCCAGCGUUGGAUGAUGAGAUACCACUGAUCUCAUCGUUUCUAGACUUGGGAGCACUAGCCCUCGCACGCUACAAUCACUGGCUGUGUCAGACAGGAGUCGUUCGCUUGUUGUAUCGCUGCUUUGGCCGACUACUGGAGAGGUGGCUGCACUUAGAGAUAGGGAUCCUAACUUCGAAGGAGCGCUGUGCAUACACUAUUCACCUGUUACUUGAUGCAAUCUGGCCAGGUGGUAAACUAUCUAAUGGACAGCGGCCAAUAAAAACAGAAGAACAGCUGUUGGCAACUAAACAGAAGACUGUAGAGGAUCUUAUUAAUUUCUUUCCGGACCUUCUUCCCGUAUUAGUGGGAAAAAGCACAUUCCAUGAAGUGAUAGAGAUGGCUGUGGAGUCUCUACAGCACAGGAUGCUGAACAGACAUCUGAUCUACUAUGCAAUGGACGUGCUGACCGAUGCUCUGACCAAUGGCUGACCGACGGUGCUUCGAUAAACAUAGAGGUGGGGUUACAUUAUUGAUUCCAUGUUAAAAGGUCAUUGAGGGGUGGGGAAGUCAAAGGCCAACAAGUUUGAAAGUAAAUCUCCAGGUAGUGGUGAUAUCAGUAUAACUAUGUGAUUUAUAAACAGUUAUGAUGAUGUUGAUGGUAGUGAUGCUGUUAUUACUGCUGCUGAUGAUGAUGAUGAUGAUGAUGAUGAUGAUGAUGAUGAUGAUGAUGAUGAUGAUGAUGAUAAUGACGACGACGGCGAUGAUGACGAUGAUGGUGAUGCUGCUGGGAUUGCUCUAAACAGCUUCAUUAACGUGGAAACGACCCUGGACAAUGUCCAUACAGCUGUUGAUACGAGCUUGUGAUAUAGAUAGAAGAUGUACAUAUUCAUUCAAUUUUUUUUAAUUGUCUAAAGUUAAAUAUUUUAUCUCAGAUUUCUGAUUAAUUCAAGCCUGUUUUCUGUCUGAUCAAAUCUGCAGUAAACAAUAUACAUAUUAUUAACUACUGUUUAUAUCAAUAAUAGCAUUUAUUUUUCGACAAUCAUGUGUCAUCAGUUUCACGUUUUCUGUAUCUGUGCCAUCAACAAACCAACCUGAAAAAAGUGCUGAGCAGAAUAUUGUUAUUAUUACAGUCAAAUCGGUGAGAAUUGAUGAAACCUGUGGUCUGGGAUAACAUAAUAUCCAGCCCAGAACAGUUGGGCGAUUGUACCAUGUGGGACCAAAUGGGGCAUAGACAUAAUAAUAAUAUUGCUGAUAUUGGGUGACAAUACUGAUCUAAGCAAUGCAAUACACUCUGUGAUAAUAGGUACGUGUUAGUAUUACUGUACAGUAUUUCUUUCCUAUUUGUGUGAAAAGCGAUUACAAUCUGCAAUAUUAAAAUACACGUGUUCAUCAAUUCAACUUCCAAAAAUUAGCUGUCUAUGCAAAACAUAUCAUCGUCUUCGUCAUUAUCAUCAUUAUCACCGUCUUUGUUGUCACCACCAUCGUGAUCACGUUUGGUAUUGCAUACCCUGCUUAAUUUGCAUCAUCACAAUUGGCUUAAGUUAUAUGCGAGAUUUUCAUAAUUAAUUAUUUAUAUUAAAUUCGUGUACGCAGCAAACUUGGUGAUUACAUGUUAGAUUAUGGUGUGCUAUUUUGUAUAACUGUAAAUACACGGCUACUUCGGCCGGUUCCAAUAAUGAAGUGAUAGUAAAUAAAUACAAAUGACAUAUAUAUAUACAACCAAA